UCCGGUUUGGACGAAAAGUCGAUUUAGGAUGAGAAGAUGGCAACAGAGAAGAAGGGUCUGGGACAAUUUGUUAAAAAACAAGCCAAGUAUGGUAGUACAACAAAAACCAAACGUACCAAUGAAAAAUACAUCACACAUAAGAUUGAACCCGGAGAUACGCUUCAAGGGCUUGCUUUGAAGUAUGAAAUUCCGAUGCAGGAUCUUAAACGUGCUAAUAAAAUGUGGACUAAUGACAGUUUGUUUUUGAGGGAAACUUUACUUAUUCCUGUGACUUCAUCUAGUCCAGAAGGCAUCAGUGGGGAACCAGCUACUCUGCUGACUACUAACAGAAAUAGUCCUAAUGGGGACAUUGAUGGCAAAACUGAAAACUCUCACACAGCAAACAGUGAUAUUGAAGCUUCCAGUAUUACAGCUCAGGAUUUUUUGAGCAGAUUUGAUACUACACUUGCUCAGCUUAAAACUAAUGUACAAAAAUUAGAGGACAGAAAAAGUCCUGAACUAGAACAGUUCCAACGUGACUUUACUAAGGAUGGGCCAACAGUUAGCAUGUUUGAAGAUGAAACCAACCCCCUAUCUCAUUUACCACAAAGAAGAACAAAGAUGGGUUCCAGGCAGCGACCUCCAAGUUUAGAAUCGGAUCCCAUGGCUGUUCCAGAGACUGUUGUAACAAGGCCUAGAGCUAGAACAAAACAGCUGGAAAAUUCUUCUGAACUAUUUGAAAAGAAACAAGAUGAAUUCUUUGAAUUGUAAUGAUGAUGGCAGAAGAUAAAGUUGACAUCAAGCCCAUUUCCCACAAUCCUCUAAAAUGUUUAGAAGACAGUUUCUUUUUGAAAUAGAAGAUAAAUUUGUGUAAUAUAAAAAAACACUGAUGAGAUCCCAGUUCUGAAUUUGAUUGGAAAUUUUAUCAGCUCAGCAUGAUAAAAGAUAUUCAGUUAAUUAAAGAGAAUUGGCAAUUUUAAGGGCAACGGCCCAUCUUUCCUUUAAAUUAGAUUGGUCCUUAACAAAAGGAAUAGCUACAUGGAGCUGUGAAUUGGUGUUAAGUUUAUCAGUAAAGCAAUAUCCAAUCUACCUUUAAUAGGAUUGGAACAGAUCAGCAGUACAAAUGAUUAUUGUCAGUUGGUACUGCUAACAAGUAAUAUGCUUGGCUUCCAUAUUCUUGUACCUGGAACAUUGAUUAUUAUUGAUUUGGUACUGAUUCACACAAUAUUGGUGCUGUUUAAUGCUUAGCCAAAUUUCUGUAUUCAGCCUUCAUUGCAUUUUACAGUUAUGAUUAUUCUGUUUAAGGGUUUGGUGGAUGUGUUGUAGAAGGUUGAAGAUGGAGUUAAAUUUUGAUAGCAUUCCCAGUGGGUUUCUUAAUUAUCUCUUGGUUUUCACAGUUGAUUUCAACAUUAAGCGUUUUAUUGCGUUUAAGGUCUCUUGGGAUGCAUUCACUUUAAAUAUUGCAUCAGGAUCAUCACCAACAAAAAUUUUGCUCCGAUAUUUUGUAAUAUUUAUUCUACAGGAUGAUGUCUGUCUUUAAUGAAAUAUACAACAUACCAAUUCACAAUCAGGAAUGAGUCAAACGUCAACCUUUUUUCCUGUCGAGUGCUGCUGCAGAUAACCUCUUUCACUGGGCAUUUUGUACAAGGUUGUGGCUAAGACAAAGAGCCGUCAAGGCUCAGUAAGCAAGGGUGCCAUGUUGGUGAUGUUUUUCAAAAUCUUGCGUUAUUUAUCAUGGUAGUUUUUUUGUGAACCAUGAAUUAUGCGGUAAAACAGUUCAAAAGUAGUUAAAUUGAUACAGGUGAACUGCACUAUCAGCACACCUGUUAAUGUGAUAUUUUGGUUUGCCUGUUAUUUAUUUUGGAGAGAAAUGUAGAUAGGCAGAGAAAUAAAAAAUAUUACUGUAUAUCAAAAGAAAAAUACUCUGUAUUUCAGAAAAGUCAGUAUCUGAAAGGUGUUAGAAUGUGGAUGUAAUUUGUGUUAUGAAGCAUCUGAUAUUUAUUCCAAGCGAACAUGUGCAAUACAAAAAUAUUAUGAAGAUGUAAAAAUUAGCAUUGAAGAAAUAAUCACAAUAAUAAAACC